GUCGUGAAGGUGUUCCUGGACCCCCUGGACCAACUGGGAGUAAAGGAGAUAGGGGCCCAGAUGGUCUUGAUGGUCUGCCUGGUUUAAGAGGAGAACCUGGUUUAUCUGGUCGUGAUGGACGUGAUGGUUCAAAAGGUGAUCGUGGUCCUCCUGGACCUUCAAAAGGAGGACCACCAGGACCUGUUGGACCUCCUGGUUUAAGAGGCUUCCCUGGCCCUAAAGGAAAGGAUGGUUUAGAUGGAAUCCCUGGUGGACGUGGACCACCGGGUGUUCCUGGUGGUCCUGGACAACCUGGUAAUCCUGGAAGAGAAGGUCCUCCAGGGCUUAAAGGUGACAAGGGUGUCAGUGGACUUCCAGGUUUACCUGGUUCUGAAGGACCACCAGGUCUACCCGGUGAGCGUGGUUUGUCUGGAGUUCCUGGACCAAAGGGUGACAAAGGAUAUGCUAUUCCAGGAACCCCAGGACGUGAUGGCACACCAGGCCGCGAUGGUAUCCCGGGAGCCCGUGGCCCUCCAGGUCCUGAGGGCCCUCCUGGUAUUCCUGGUGACAGUAAAUUGGGCAUACCUGGAUCUCCAGGUGAACCAGGUGACAUUGGGGCCCCUGGUAUCCCUGGUAAUCAUGGCUUAGAUGGUAUCCCAGGGCGUGAUGGUCCAAAAGGUGAUGCUGGACUUUCAUGUGAGUGUGGUCCAUGUGAUAAAGGUGUUAAGGGCGAACCAGGCCCAGAAGGCUUGCCUGGGCUUCCUGGAAUACGCGGCCCUCCUGGCCCGAUUGGCUAUCUUGGAGAAAGAGGUGACGAUGGACAACCAGGCCCGCCAGGCUUACCAGGAAGAGAGGGGCCUGCAGGCCAGCCAGGAUUACCAGGUCAGAAAGGUGACAAGGGUGAAAAGACAGAGGCUUUGCCAGGUCCUCCUGGUCCCAAAGGAGAUAAAGGACAGCCUGGACGCCCAGGUUUACCUGGAGUCAAGGGAGAAACUGGCUUCUCAGGAAGACCAGGUCUACAAGGUUUUCCAGGAGAAAAGGGCAGUAAAGGAAACACUGGAUUUCCAGGCACCCCUGGGAGAGAUGGUAUUAAUGGGCGUAAAGGUGAGGUAGGCUAUUGUGAACGUGGUCAGCCUGGUGCAGAUGGUACAAAAGGAGACAAAGGUGAAGUUGGAAUACCAGGAUUACGUGGACCACCUGGAGACUCAAGCUCUGCUCAGGUGAUUGCAGAAAAAGGUUCCAAAGGACCAAGAGGACCUGUUGGAUUAAAAGGAGACCCUGGAAUACCAGGUUUAGCAGGAUUGCAAGGACCAAGAGGCCCACCUGGUACACCUGGACUGCGAGGAUUACCUGGUCAAAGAGGUGAUAAAGGAGAUAUUGGUCCUAUGGGAUUCCCAGGAGAUAAUGGCCAACCAGGACAACCAGGCUUCCCUGGACGUCCUGGAGCUAAAGGUGAAAAAGGUUAUGAGGGCCGACCAGGUAUUGGUAGACCAGGCCAACCUGGUUUCCCUGGAAGCAAAGGAGAACAAGGUCUUCCAGGUUUACCUGGAAAAACAGGAACUCCAGGAGAACAAGGUCAGCCGGGAUUGCCAGGUUUAAAAGGUGAACUGGGAAGACCAGGUCUUGAUGGACUAAGUGGAAUGAAGGGUGACAAAGGAGCCACAGGGUUACCUGGCCCUAUUGGUCAACCUGGACCAAGAGGGUUACCAGGUCUUGAUGGAGAAAAAGGUUCACUUGGACCUGUUGGACCUCCUGGACCCCUUGGUAUGGUUGGCUUCCCAGGUGCAAAGGGAGAGCCUGGCUUGCCUGGCCUCCCUGGUGUUAAAGGCAAUAGUGGCUUCCCAGGCCAAUCAGGUACUCCUGGCAGACCAGGGCUUGAUGGUGCCCCAGGCAGAGAGGGAUUAAAAGGAGAUCUUGGUGCACCAGGUCUACCAGGUAUAGCUGGCCAACCAGGUCGUGAUGGACUUCCAGGUCCUCCAGGUCUCAAGGGUAAUCCAGGGCUUAGUGGUAGACCUGGAGAACCUGGUAUACCUGGUAGAGAAGGUAUCAGAGGAGAUAAAGGAGACCGUGGGUCUAUGGGUCCACCAGGUGUUCCUGGACCUGCUGCUGAUAAGGGAGAGAGAGGGCCACCAGGUCCAAAAGGUGAUCGUGGAAUAGAUGGUUUACCAGGAACUCCUGGAGCUCCAGGUCUACCUGGUCAAAAAGGACGAGAUGCAUUUGGACCUCCAGGCCUAGCUGGAGACAGAGGCCCACCAGGUCCCGCUGGUCUUCCUGGCAUAGAUGGUCAACCAGGCCCAAGAGGAUCUGAUGGUGUUAGUGGAUUCCCAGGUUUAAAGGGAGACAAGGGUUUGCGAGGCUUACCAGGAUCACCUGGAGAUGACUGUAACCCGAUCCCAGGACCACCAGGAAUUCAAGGACAACCUGGACAGAAAGGAAAUCCAGGCUUUAAUGGACGUGAUGGUGAAAAAGGUUUAUCUGGAAAUCCAGGUUUUCCUGGAAGAGAUGGAUUACCAGGUGCUCCAGGUUCCAAGGGUAACCCAGGACCCCCUGGCUUACCAGGUCCUCCAGGGUUUAAAGGUGAACCAGGAUUUCCUGGAGCCAAGGGUAAUCCAGGUUUACGUGGAACAGACGGUCCCCCAGGUCUGAGAGGUGAAAAAGGCAACCAAGGAUUGCCUGGUGGGUCUGGACUUCCUGGGGUUAAUGGUGCUAAGGGUGAUAAAGGCAAUGCUGGCCCAAGUGGACCUCCUGGUGUCCCAGGUAUUACAAUGAAGGGAGAAAAGGGUCUUCCAGGACUUCCAGGUAAACCUGGUCGGAAUGGAAUAGACGGAGAAAGAGGACCUAAGGGAGACAUGGGUUUCCCUGGGUUACCUGGUCAGCGAGGUCCUGCUGGUGAUCCUGGUAUUCCAAGUGCUAAGGGAGACAAAGGUAAUGCAGGAUUUCCAGGACAGCCUGGUCCACCUGGUCAAGAUGGUAGGCCAGGAAUUAUAGGUGAGAAAGGUUUGCCUGGGCCACCUGGUGAGAGAGGUACUCCUGGGCAGCAGGGUCCUCCUGGACCAUUUGGCCCUAAAGGUAAUCCAGGUCUUCCAGGA